AUGAUCUUAGCAGCAGCUGCAUGUGCUGUAGCUGGUGCUGCAGGACUUUCUUAUAUAUUUGACGAUAAUAAUGAUGAACAACAAUCAACAAAUAUGAAAUAUGAAACAGUUACUGUAUCAUCAACUAUUCUUGAUAAAAAAGGUAUUAUUAAAAAUGUUAUACAUCCAUAUUCAUAUAUGUAUUAUCCAUGUAUUAAACAAGAUCAAAAUAAAUGUAUUGUUACAUUAUUGCAUGAGUAUAAAUUAAAUCAGUUAAAAUUACCAAUAGAAAAUUGUAAAGAAAAAAUUAAUUAUACUAUAUUUAAACAAGAUUUUUCUAUUAUUUUCUUUUGGUCAAUACCAUUAAAAGCUCAUCUAUUACAAACAUCAACAAAAUCAUGUUUUAUUAGGGAAAAUUUUAAUAUUUUUGAACGUAGUUUAAUAAAAAUUAGUAUUGGAAUCCAAAAUGCUAAACUUUUACAAUGA